AUGGCGAGGGCAAAUCCUCGGUCAAGGGAUGGAUUUGAUCCAGGAGACGACUUCUCCCCGGUCCCUGGCCCUCACCGACAACAGCAAUCCUCUCGGCCUCCCCAAAACCACUACUUUGAGCGACCCAAGCCGCAGUACGAACAGGCCUCUGCCGGUGAUUUUGUAAGCACCGGGGCGUCCUUCAGGGGCGACAGAGUAACGGACGGUACGCAGUGCCUCCAGGACGCCAUCAACGGCGCGGCGGGCAGGUGGAUCGUUUUCGUCGAUGCUGGCACGUAUAUCCUGACGGAUACUCCCACCAUCCCACCUGGUUCGAGGAUCGUUGGCGAGAAUUGGGCUCAGCUGACGACUACGGGAGCCAAUUUUGCAGACGAGACGUGCGUACCUCCAUUUUCAGGGUCCAUACCACCACCCCUUGUAGACGAAUUCGAGCCCCCGACCGCUUCCAUCAAAGCGGUCCAGGCGGGCCAGAAAGGCACGGCCGACCUGCAAGACCUCAUUUUUACGUCCAAGGGAGAGACGGCCGGAGGGUACUCUUUGUCGAGUGGAACCUGGAAGCCGAGGGGCCAGGCGAGGCCGGCAUAUAGGAUUGCCACAUUAGGGUGGGCGGCACAAAUCGCAGUGGACUCACAUAUCGAGUGUCCCCCGUUACGGGCUGGCGUCGCUUCCGGUGAAAUAUUUUGCAAUAUUUAA